CCACUCAUGUUUCUGUUUGAAGAAGAAAAAAUAAGAUUACACCGCGAGCUUAAAGUUCUGCUUUAUUUAUUGCAAACUUUGUCACCGAUUUUUUACACGUUCUUGUCCUGAAAUUUCUUAUGGCAUUGCCAAAACUCGUGUAUGUCCCCUAUGUCGGAUAAACGAUCCCUUUAUGAAUUUUUCAUUUUCCUAUUCGUGACUAACUGCUUCAACACUCUUCAGCGAAGCAAUUUCCGUUGUUUAAUGGCCACUAGUAAUGAUGAUUGAUUGAGACUAAAUUGAUCAUGACAGCGCGACACAUAAUCCGCUCGAGGGCAGGCCUGAAAUGGAAAACAACUAAUCCUAUUCCCCUGACAUGCUAUGCUAGCCAAUAAAACUAGACUGCUCUUUUACCGAGGUUUUAAAUAAAUCUUUAGCUUGAAAAGCGAUAACCUUUAAAUCCUUGAUAGUGCUCGACUCAAUUUACGUCACAGCAAUCCAGAGCAAUGAUGUUUGCCUCGCCGAAAAGAUGGCGCGUGUAGAGAAUAUCUCUGUGUGUCUGUCAUAGUAGGUGGUCCAUCGAAAGAAAAAAAAAGCGACUUUUAAAAUAUCUUGUUCUCAGUAAACGCUUUCUCUUUCUUGUGCUUAAUUGUGUUUCCCUCUCUGACCAAGAGGUCAGCUCGAGCAUAGAGCUUCUUUAUGCUCGAAAUUCAAUCUUUCAAUUUUGUGACAAUGAACUUGUUUGCGCCCAACUGUUUUUCAUUUGUCAGACGUAAAUUGAUCGCCACUCAAAGACGGUCCAAACGCACGCCCCCUUUGGGACAGGAAACCAAACUGACUAAAUGCCCGCCGUUUUAGUUCCUGAAAGGCGCGAUUUUCGACCGUUCUGCGGCAGGAAAAUUUGUUGGCAGUAAUAUGUGGUGUAUUAUAGCGCAACAGAUAUGCUAACAGAAUUGCAAAUUCCACGUUUUCCUCUGUAGAAUAGCGUUAUUUACAUGAGGCUGAUGAGCGUUGCAAGGAAUGUAUACAAUUUGUUUGUUGGGUCACGUGCCUUCAUAAAACUCCUCCCACUGGUGUUGUUAGACUGAUACGCGUCAUUAAUGAUUGACAGAUUCAAUCAUAGCGGUGACUUUGCUUUUGCUUGUAUUCAUAAAUUUUAUCCCGAAAAGUAGAACGUGAGUCUCUCGGAAUAUUCGCUUGGAAACACGAAUUUUCGCAUUCUUUGAGUCGUGGAGAAGUGUGAGAGAUAUCGUUGUUUGAAUCUCUAGCGUGUAAUCGGUUGAAAGCAGCGACAAUUUUGCUGAAGUUUAGAAUACGGGAUGCUGAACAUGGUGAAGUCUCGACCGUCCGCGUAACGCACUAACGGUUUUGUAAUGAUUUUUCUGUAGUGACUCUAGACUUUACGACUAUGGUCGCUCUCAAGUUUGGAACUGUCGUUCGUCUUUCCCUAUUAUGACACCUGAAGUUCUCACGGAAUCGACUGAACUUAGAAACGAUGGUUGAAGAAACCCUCGCUGGAAAAAAGAGGGUUCGAUUGCGGCAUGGUACAUUACUAUGGACGCUUGUGUGUUUGUAUGCAACAAUUUUACCCGCUUCUGCUACACAAUACAGUUUUCAUGUCCAAGAAGAAUUAUCACCGGGAGCCUUCGUCGGACAAAUUACUACUUCACCUGGAGUAUCAUAUACAUUUGAAGGGAGUCCGUUACGGUUUACCUUAAAUUCUGUAACUGGAGUGAUCACCACAGCUUCGCGAAUCGAUCGGGACAGUUUGAACUCAAAUCCGAUCGCUCUGCGAGUUCGGACUUCACCUACUCCUUCCUCUAUCGACGUGAUUGUAUAUGUGGACGAUAUUAACGAUAACCCUCCAGAAUUUACUUCGUCUGACUUUCCUGUCAGUAUUUUCGAAAAUGCGCUUGUGAACAGCGUGUACGCGUUAGACCCGGCGUCUGACAGAGAUGAAGCAGAAAAUGGCACCAUUGAUUACUCCAUCAUUUCCGGCAACGAUGCAGGGAAGUUUCAACUCGGUAGGAAUUCGACCGAAUGCGGUGGCUACGACUUGUGUGUUAUUACCCAAGGAAGUCUUGAUCGAGAAAAUGUGUCUGUUUAUGAGUUGAAUAUCUCUGCAAGCGAUCGAGGAACACCAUCACUGCAUGCCUAUUGUUUGGUAAAUAUUACACUCGUGGAUUUGAACGAUAACAAUCCGGUGUUUACAACAAACUUGUACAAUGCUUUGGUAGACGAAAAUACUUCAGCUGGCGUGGAGAUAUUAGCUGUGACUGCAACAGACAAAGAUCAGGGCUCGAACGGUGAAAUAAUUUAUUAUUUUGAUGAUACGGACGGUGAUUCGAAGCUGUUCGAUUUGAACUCAACAACAGGGGUGAUUAGAACUCGAAAUCCUCUCGACUACGAGACAAGAAAGCUUUACACUUUUGAUGUUCUCGCUAGAGAUCAGCCAGAAGGUGUGCAACCGAAAAAUGGCAGAGCCAAAGUGGAAAUAAGGGUACGAGAUGUCAACGAUCACAAACCGCUGAUAGAUGUGUACUAUGCAAGUGGUAUCAUCCCCGGCCCCGAGGAAGUAUCUGAAGGUGCUUCUGCUGGUCAACUUAUAGCAACUGUCAUAGUGACAGAUCUUGACGACUUUUCUGGUCCAAACGGGCAAGUAACUACGUCCGUUUCCAAUGGAAAUGGAAGCUUUAGCUUGACUCUCGAAUUUGCUCCGCCUCAGGGAACUGACUAUAUUUACCAACUUAAAACUGCUUCGCCUUUAGAUCGAGAAAGGUUUCCAUCCUAUAACAUCACAGUGACUGCCAAAGAUGGAGGAAAUCCCAGCCUUAAUACAUCGAAACAGGUUUUUGUCUCAGUUACAGAUAUCAAUGACGAAGUUCCAUCUUUCACCAAGCAAAGUUAUUCCGCAUCCAUCAGUGAAUUUGCCCAGAAUGGAAGUACUGUUUAUCAUAUGACAGCUAUUGAUUCCGAUGAAGGGAUUAAUGGCCAGAUUUUGUACUCAAUAUUAAGUGGUAAUGCCUUGCACUGGUUUCAGAUUGACUCUUUGUCAGGCCUUAUUACCACUGCUGGGCUUCUAGACAGAGAAAAGUUGCGUCAAGUUUCUUUGACUGUACUUGCUAAGGACAAGGGUCUGCCGCCACUUAACAGUACCACGGUGGUGACUGUAACAAUCAGUGAUGUCAAUGAUAAUCGACCAACAUUUUCUCAGGAUGUCUAUAACAAGACACUGGCAGAGAACUUGAAUCCUGGAACUACUGUUAUGACACUACAAGCUAAAGAUAGUGACGCUGGUGAUAAUGGUAAUGUAACAUAUGUGAUUGAUUCCUCUUCCCAAGAAAUAAUUGACACUUUUCGCAUCACACUAACAACUGGUGUCUUGACUACAAAGGUAGAACUUGAUCGUGAAGUUAAAAGCUUCUACACCAUACCUAUCAAGGCCAGUGAUCAUGGCAGUCCACCACUGUCAUCAACAACUUUGGUGCAUUUGCGUGUCACAGAUAUAAAUGAUAAUUACCCAAUAUUUUACCCUGUCACCUAUGUUGAAAGUGUGCUAACAAAUACCCAACCAAGCGUCAUUACCCAAGUAACUGCAACUGAUGCAGAUGCGGGGACUAAUGGGAAGAUUGUCUAUGUCAUUGCUGAUGGUGAUUAUGGAGAAUUCUCAAUUAACAGCUCUACUGGAGAAAUAAAAACUCUUUCUUCACUUGACAGUCAAGGACGAGGAUUUUACAAACUGAACAUUACUGCUCAAGACAUGGGUGGUCUAUACGCAAAACAGCCAGCGUCAGUAGAAAUCACUGUCCAAGGACAGUCAGAUGAUCCUCCCAAGUUUGAAUUCAGCAUCUACAACUUCUCAGUGUAUGAGAAUGUUCCGUCUGGGACAUAUGUUGGAAAGGUCAUUGCCACUACAAAAGCCAACAAUAAGAGCAUUCAGUACUCCAUAGUUUCAGGUGAUCCAAACAAUUUGUUCCUUGUUGACGGCGCUGGUGGAAUUAUUAUGGUCGAUGGACAUGUGGACAGGGAAGUGAAAGAUAACUACUUCAUUAGUGUUUUAGCCAAGGUGGGAACAGUGCGUCCCUUAUCUGCAAGUACAUCAGUGAACAUAAAUGUCUUGGACCGAAAUGACAAUCCCCCAGUCUUCAAAACUCCUAGUGCACAAGUGACUAUUGAUGCUACCUGGGCUGUCGGGAAAGACAUUUACCUGGCUUCAGCGUCUGAUGAAGAUGCUGGUCUGAAUGGUGUGGUUCAUUAUCAGUUGACUGCGGAUGGCAAUGGCCUUUUUAAAGUGAAUGUUACUUCAGGUGUGGUUUCAUUGGCCAGGAAGAUAACCAGUAUAGAUGAUCCUGUAUAUAUGCUGCAAGUGUUUGCUUCUGAUCAAGGAUCCCCUCCGCUUCAUGCAGCCUUUAUGUUAACUGUGAGCAUUGAAACUAAUCAACCACCAAGAUUUUUGUCAUCCUCAUCUGUUGUUGACAUUCCCCGUAAUUUGCCUGUGGAUAAGCGCUUCCUUCCUGUUAUUGCUUUUGAUCCAGAUGCUGGUGACAAUGGCAUGCUGACAUAUUUGAUUGCUCCACAAGGCAAUGAGGAAGGAUUCUUUGGAAUUUCCUCAGAAGGAUUGUUGUAUGUAACAAAGAAUCUUAACCAAGCAAAGAGUUCGUUCCAGAUCUCAGUUACUGCAACUGACAAGGGAACUCCACCUCUCACAAGUUCUGCUUCAGUUACAGUUAACAUUCAAGAUUCCACUGAGCAUCAAGCCAUGUUUGUUAAUGACACUUUUGAAUUUACUCUGAUGGAAAACCAACUACCAGGUACCAGUGUUGGCCAACUACUUCUUAAGGCAGGUAAUUCCUUGAAAGACAGGAGGGUUGUUUAUUCUCUUGUCGCAGUUCAGGAGGAUUUUGUAGUUGAUUCUCAAACAGGACAAAUCAUUACAAGAAGAAUGUUUGAUCGUGAGCAACUAGUUUCGCAGAGUGGACACAAUGUUGUAACAUUUCUAGCAAAGGCGGAGUACAAUGACACACCAUCAAGACAAGAUUCAGCUAUUGUGGUAGUUACAAUUGAAGAUGAAAAUGACAACCUACCCUGGUUCCGCCGUUCAGUGGUUUAUGUGACAGUUCAAGAGUCGUCUCAAGUAGGAAUUGUUUACAAAGUCAUGGCAACAGACCCUGAUGACGGAGAGAAUGCCAACUUCAAUUUCUCCAUUGUAGCUGGACCUAGUCCACAAGUGUUUUACAUCGAUCCCGUCGAUGGAAAUCUCUUUCUCAACUCCUCACUUGACAGAGAAGUAGUGGAUCAUUACACUCUCACUGUUCAAGCAACUGAUACUUCCAACUCCUCCAUGUUUUCUCAAGUGCGUCUUGAAAUUGUGGUGGGUGAUGCUGAUGACAACAAGCCUAAAUUCAAUGUGACGUUCUCCACUGUUAAUGUCUCUGAAAAUUUGGCAUUAUCUUCCCAAAUUGCUGUGGUGCAGGCAACUGACAUGGAUGAAGGUGUCAAUUCUGAGAUUGCAUACACUAUUACAUCUGGAAAUUUGGAAGCUGUAUUUGACAUCAAUCACCUGACAGGCGAGGUAUUUCUCAUCAAGCCACUCAACUUUGAGAAGACAACAAAGUAUCUUCUCAAUAUAACUGCAGAUGAUCGUGGAAGCCCACCCCAGUCUUCUGUGUCAUGGCUCAGUGUUAAUGUCCUUGAUGAAAAUGACAAUGCUCCAAAGUUUGCAGAUCAGCCAAAUACUAUCCGUGUUUUUGAAAAUGUUACAGUUGGUUCUGAGAUUGGUCAGUGUUCAGCGACUGACAAGGACAGUGGAGAAAAUGGCCAUGUAACAUUUAGUAUUGACAGUCAGACCCCAGUUGAAGACAUGGCUUUCAAGGUGAACCCUGUGACUUGUAUGAUCAAGACAAGACAGAAGCUAGACCGUGAACAUGCCCACUCAUAUAAACUUGUUAUCAGGGCUAUGGACAAUGCAAGUCCUGAGCCAAAGAGACUUUCAUCCACCAAGGAGAUUAUAGUUGUGCUAAAGGAUGUGAAUGACAACAAACCCAGAUUUGUGACUGCUCCUGCUGUGGCAGUGGUUGGCAAUUUAGCGGCUAAUGAUCUUGUCACGACUAUACUAGCCAAGGAUGCUGAUACCGGAGUGAAUGGGAAGGUAGACUAUGUCAUUAAGAGUGGAGAUACCAACAUUUUCCGGUUAGACUCGAACACAGGAGAGUUAUUUGCAAAAUCUCAGUUACCCAGUAACCAGCUGCGUUUCACCCUAACAGUAUCGGCCAAGGAUAGCGGUGUUCCUUCUCUUAGUACCGACACUACUUUGACAGUCUUCAAGAAGGGACAGCCAAACAGUGGCCCUACAUUCAGUUCAGCGAUCUACAGAGACGCUGGUGGAAUUAUUAUGGUCGAUGGACAUGUGGACAGGGAAGUGAAAGAUAACUACUUCAUUAGUGUUUUAGCCAAGGUGGGAACAGUGCGUCCCUUAUCUGCAAGUACAUCAGUGAACAUAAAUGUCUUGGACCGAAAUGACAAUCCCCCAGUCUUCAAAACUCCUAGUGCACAAGUGACUAUUGAUGCUACCUGGGCUGUCGGGAAAGACAUUUACCUGGCUUCAGCGUCUGAUGAAGAUGCUGGUCUGAAUGGUGUGGUUCAUUAUCAGUUGACUGCGGAUGGCAAUGGCCUUUUUAAAGUGAAUGUUACUUCAGGUGUGGUUUCAUUGGCCAGGAAGAUAACCAGUAUAGAUGAUCCUGUAUAUAUGCUGCAAGUGUUUGCUUCUGAUCAAGGAUCCCCUCCGCUUCAUGCAGCCUUUAUGUUAACUGUGAGCAUUGAAACUAAUCAACCACCAAGAUUUUUGUCAUCCUCAUCUGUUGUUGACAUUCCCCGUAAUUUGCCUGUGGAUAAGCGCUUCCUUCCUGUUAUUGCUUUUGAUCCAGAUGCUGGUGACAAUGGCAUGCUGACAUAUUUGAUUGCUCCACAAGGCAAUGAGGAAGGAUUCUUUGGAAUUUCCUCAGAAGGAUUGUUGUAUGUAACAAAGAAUCUUAACCAAGCAAAGAGUUCGUUCCAGAUCUCAGUUACUGCAACUGACAAGGGAACUCCACCUCUCACAAGUUCUGCUUCAGUUACAGUUAACAUUCAAGAUUCCACUGAGCAUCAAGCCAUGUUUGUUAAUGACACUUUUGAAUUUACUCUGAUGGAAAACCAACUACCAGGUACCAGUGUUGGCCAACUACUUCUUAAGGCAGGUAAUUCCUUGAAAGACAGGAGGGUUGUUUAUUCUCUUGUCGCAGUUCAGGAGGAUUUUGUAGUUGAUUCUCAAACAGGACAAAUCAUUACAAGAAGAAUGUUUGAUCGUGAGCAACUAGUUUCGCAGAGUGGACACAAUGUUGUAACAUUUCUAGCAAAGGCGGAGUACAAUGACACACCAUCAAGACAAGAUUCAGCUAUUGUGGUAGUUACAAUUGAAGAUGAAAAUGACAACCUACCCUGGUUCCGCCGUUCAGUGGUUUAUGUGACAGUUCAAGAGUCGUCUCAAGUAGGAAUUGUUUACAAAGUCAUGGCAACAGACCCUGAUGACGGAGAGAAUGCCAACUUCAAUUUCUCCAUUGUAGCUGGACCUAGUCCACAAGUGUUUUACAUCGAUCCCGUCGAUGGAAAUCUCUUUCUCAACUCCUCACUUGACAGAGAAGUAGUGGAUCAUUACACUCUCACUGUUCAAGCAACUGAUACUUCCAACUCCUCCAUGUUUUCUCAAGUGCGUCUUGAAAUUGUGGUGGGUGAUGCUGAUGACAACAAGCCUAAAUUCAAUGUGACGUUCUCCACUGUUAAUGUCUCUGAAAAUUUGGCAUUAUCUUCCCAAAUUGCUGUGGUGCAGGCAACUGACAUGGAUGAAGGUGUCAAUUCUGAGAUUGCAUACACUAUUACAUCUGGAAAUUUGGAAGCUGUAUUUGACAUCAAUCACCUGACAGGCGAGGUAUUUCUCAUCAAGCCACUCAACUUUGAGAAGACAACAAAGUAUCUUCUCAAUAUAACUGCAGAUGAUCGUGGAAGCCCACCCCAGUCUUCUGUGUCAUGGCUCAGUGUUAAUGUCCUUGAUGAAAAUGACAAUGCUCCAAAGUUUGCGGAUCAGCCAAAUACUAUCCGUGUUUUUGAAAAUGUUACAGUUGGUUCUGAGAUUGGUCAGUGUUCAGCGACUGACAAGGACAGUGGAGAAAAUGGCCAUGUAACAUUUAGUAUUGACAGUCAGACCCCAGUUGAAGACAUGGCUUUCAAGGUGAACCCUGUGACUUGUAUGAUCAAGACAAGACAGAAGCUAGACCGUGAACAUGCCCACUCAUAUAAACUUGUUAUCAGGGCUAUGGACAAUGCAAGUCCUGAGCCAAAGAGACUUUCAUCCACCAAGGAGAUUAUAGUUGUGCUAAAGGAUGUGAAUGACAACAAACCCAGAUUUGUGACUGCUCCUGCUGUGGCAGUGGUUGGCAAUUUAGCGGCUAAUGAUCUUGUCACGACUAUACUAGCCAAGGAUGCUGAUACCGGAGUGAAUGGGAAGGUAGACUAUGUCAUUAAGAGUGGAGAUACCAACAUUUUCCGGUUAGACUCGAACACAGGAGAGUUAUUUGCAAAAUCUCAGUUACCCAGUAACCAGCUGCGUUUCACCCUAACAGUAUCGGCCAAGGAUAGCGGUGUUCCUUCUCUUAGUACCGACACUACUUUGACAGUCUUCAAGAAGGGACAGCCAAACAGUGGCCCUACAUUCAGUUCAGCGAUCUACAGAGACUCUGUGGAUGAAAACAGUGGUAAAGGGACAUUGGUUACUCGAGUUCAAGCAACAUUUACUCCAAGUUUACCCGGUGCAAUAAUCAAAUACUACAUCACCUCUGAUUCCAGUAAUGGUUCAUUUGUCUUGAAUGCAGACAAUGGUGACAUCACAACUGCCUUUGAGCUUGACCGUGAGAUUUUCUCCACAUCUCUGUUUGUGCUGACUGUAUAUGCAGUGGAUUUGAGUGGAUCAAGUGCUCGGACCAGCAGUGUUACAGUGGAAAUUUCCCUGGGAGAUAAGAAUGAUAACAACCCAAUAUUUUUGUCCAGUGUUUACAGAUCAAGUGUAAAAGAAAAUCUUCCAGCCGGUGCAAGUGUUGUAACUGUUUCUGCUGUUGACAAAGAUGACGGAUCCAAUGCGGAACUUGAGUAUUCCAUUGUGGAUGGGAAUGAUGGCAAUGCAUUCCAAAUUAAUAUCACAACAGGUGUGAUUACCACCCGGACAGUACUCAAUUAUCAAUCUCGAGCAAAGUACAGCUUAAAUGUGACUGCAACAGAUAAAGGGAGUCCAAGACUAUACUCAAGCUGUGUUGUAAUGGUGACAGUGACUGCUGCUAAUAACAAUGCACCUCAAUUUUCUCAUUUGUUUUAUUCUUUUGAUGCUGUGGAGGGGACUGCAGUUGGUACUGUCAUAGGGACCGUGGUGGCAUCAGACAGCGACACUGGACCAAAUGCCAUUAUCAGCUACAGCAUUACAGGCAGUCACCAAGACGUCUUCUCUGUUGACCCAAUGAGUGGAAAUCUUAAAGUUGCAAAAUUGCUUGAUAGAGAGGCUGUUGAAAUUUUCAUUCUCAAUGUCUCGGCAAGCGACAGUGGUGAUCCAUCUAUGACUGCCCAUGUUGAAGUUUAUGUGAAUGUGUUGGACAGGAAUGAUAAUGUUCCACAAUUUAAACCAAGUUGGUACUCUGUAAGUGUCUCAGAAGGCACUGCAACACACAGCAGUAUUGAGAGCGUGUCAGCUACUGAUAAGGACUUUGGCACCAAUGCACUCCUUACAUACACAAUACUCUCUGGAAACAAUGACCGCACUUUCUCAAUUUACUCAAAUGGUACUAUCUACAACCUUAAAGAAUUUGACCGCGAGAAAAAGAGUUCCUACCUUCUCACCAUCAUGGCGAGAGACCAGGCAGUACCUGUGGCAGCUCAAUUAUCAAGCACAGCAACUGUCACUGUGAACAUCGUAGAUGUCAAUGAUAACAGCCCAUAUUUCAUAUCCAGUAAUAUCACCCACAUAUCUGAGCAUGCGACAAUUGGUGAUAUUGUGACCACGGUCAUGGUAGCUGAUUCAGACGCAGGAAGUAACAGCAAGAUUAGUUUUAGUCUAGUCAAGAUUGAUGCUCUGGCACCAUUUAGCUUAGGCGCGACCGAUGGUGUGCUCCGAGUGUCAGGAAGCCUGGAUCGUGAAGUCAGAGACCGCUAUCUUGUGAAAGUGAUUGCAGCAGACCAGGGUGUUCCAGUGAGGCGCGCAGAACUGAAGAUGACAAUUGUAGUUGAUGAUUACAAUGACCAUAAACCGGCUUUCCAGCCAGGGCCGAGUGAAGUGAGAGUCGAUGAGGACAUUUCGAUUGGAAGUCAAGUUACAAGCUUGUCAGCCACGGAUGCUGACGAAGGGAGCAAUGCAGAAGUGCACUACAGGAUCAUGUCUGGAAAUGAGAAUGGAACCUUUGAGAUGAAUUCCAAGAAUGGGAUACUAAGUACCAUCAGAUCUCUGGACAGAGAGACCACGCCCAAGUAUAGCCUUGUCAUUCGAGCGUCUGACCUGGGAGCACCGUCACAGUUCGCUGACAAGGUGCUGGAGAUUAUUCUACUUGACAUCAAUGACAACACUCCCUCCUUCUCUCAAGCUUCUUACACCACACAAGUUCCUGAAAAUUACCUUGAUCCCGAUGUCAUCACUGUGAAAGCUGUGGACAACGAUGAAGGGAGAAAUGGCAGCGUCACUUAUGACAUCAUUGAUGGUGAUGGUGUUUUUAAAAUCAACAGCCUUACUGGUCAGAUAGGACUGACGAGUGAUUUAGACAGAGAGAAGCAGGCCGAAUAUAUGCUGAAAGUUCUGGCUACAGAUGGAGGAACACCACCCCGUGAAGGAGAAACCGAGGUCGUUGUGAAAGUAAGCGAUGAAAAUGACAACCCACCGGUGUUCCAGCCGGCCAGUCUCAGAGCUUCAGUCAGGGAAAAUGCUGCUGCAGGUGCCAGUGUCUUGCAAGUGACUGCGACUGAUGCUGAUGCUGGAAUAAACGCAAAGAUCACAUACUCAUUGACCAUGACUUUCGACUUGUUUAAGAUUGACUCUGAUACUGGAAAAAUAACAACCACUGCUCUCCUCAAUCGUGAAGUGACUCCGGUGUAUAGGCUGGAAGUGGUGGCCACUGACAGAGGGACCAGCAGUCAACAAGGAAAAGCUGAGUUAGUUGUAACGGUUGAAGAUGUGAAUGACUUUGAUCCUGUGUUUGGCUCAAGUCAGUACACAGCAACAGUAGCGCCAGGUGCUCCUCCAGGUACUUUUGUCAUUAUGGUGCCUGCUGUAGAUGAAGAUAUAGGCCCUAACGCCGAGUCCGAGUACACCAUAAUAAGUGGCUCUUCUGCAGUCUUUAAUAUUGCUCCAAGAACAGGCAUCAUCACUGUGGCCCAAAACGUACCUUCAAGCCCCUUAUCGUAUUCUUUUAGUGUGAAGGCCUCUAACGUGAAUGCACCACAGCGCUCCGACACUACAAACGUACAAAUCAGUGUAAAGUCAGGAUCAUUCCCAGUAUUCCAACACCAGGACCAAAGUAUUCGGGUCUCCGAGCAGGCGCCAGUGGGGACUAAAUUGGUCACUGUCAAUGCAACCGGACACACGGCUUACUUCAUUGCUGCAGGGAACGUGGGAGGUGUAUUUGAGCUGGAUAAUGUUGGCGGAGAGUUGAAGAUCAAGUCGCACUUGGACUAUGAGGAACAGAGGAAUUAUACUGUGGUGAUUGGUGCCAAGGAUGGAAGCAGCCAGCCACUCUCGGGCUUCGUCACAAUCCACGUGGAAGUCAUCGAUGAGAAUGACAACCGUCCUGUAUUCUCAAAGAACAUUUAUCGAGCGGACAUUCAAGAGGAACUCCCUGUCAACACAACAGUGCUGUGGGUGUCCGCGUCGGAUUCUGACUCGGCGGCCAAUGCAGUGUUGGAGUAUAAACUGGUGUCUGCUAACAGCCAGGCCAGUUCAGCUUUUGCAGUUUCUUCCAAGACCGGGCGUGUCUCUUCCAAAGUUCGACUCGACCAUGAAAAAAUCUCUUCGUACACAUUUAAAAUUCGCGCUGAAGAUGUGGCAAACAGGUCCAUGGCUAGCGAAGCAGUUGUGGUGGUAAACGUGCAGGAUAUCAAUGACAACCCCCCUAUUUUUGAAGAUCCUCGGACAGCCUCCGUUUACGAAAACGUUUCUGUGGGAAGCCUUGUUGCUGUGCUGAGCGCUCAAGAUGCUGAUACUCAAAUUGGUUCCCUGCUGCAAUUUGGUUUUGCCGCGGGUGGAAAUCCAGACGAUGCGUUCACUCUUGAUGCAAAUAACGGCAGACUGACAGUGAAGAACGCCCUGAAUCGAGAGGUGAAAUCCCACUACACACUGCAAGUGACAGUGAGUGACUCACAGCACAUAACGACGUCUAACUUCACUGUGAUUAUCUUGGAUGUUAACGACAGUCCACCAAGAUUCCUUUCUGAUCCUUUAACACAACAAAUUCGUGAAAAACUGCCAGUUGGAGCUGCGGCGAUGAACGUGAGUGCCGUGGAUGAUGACGAGGGAACCAACGCUGAAAUCCUGUAUUCUAUUCUGCCAUCUCCUUCAAGCGAUACUUUCACAAUAGGUCGUCAGACAGGUGUUUUACGCCUCAAUAAGGUACUGGUCUACAAGAAACCGAGCGCUGCUGGGAACGAGAACUUUUACAAUGUGACGGUGAAAGCCAGGAAUUCUUAUUCGCCAUUUUUCGAAGAAACUGUGCCUGUCAUUGUCGAGGUGACUGACAGUAAUGACCACACCCCAGUAUUCACGUCUCCUUCGUAUGAUUUCUUCGCCGUUCGUGGUACAAGGGCCGGCGAGACAGUAGCGCGCGUAAAGGCGGUUGAUGAUCAGGAUGCAGGCACAAAUGCGCUGGUACGCUACGAGGCAGUCAGCGGGAACGGAACAUCGUGGUUUAACAUUGAUCCAGAUAGUGGUAAUGUCACUGCCGCCAGUCUCCUUGAUACUCUGGGCGUGUUCUACCUACGGGUCAGGGCUCGGGACACGGGACAACCCGCCAAGGAGAGUUUUGCCAGUCUUCACGUGGAAAUUGUAGAACCCAACAACAACACACCCAAGUUUCAAGUUAGCCAAUACAAUUUUCCUGUACAGGAAACAGUGCCUGUGGGGGAUGAAGUUGGAAAAGUAAGUGCCUCAGAUUCGGACGCAGGAACGAACGGCCAAGUGGUUUAUCGCAUAGAGAGCAGUGAUCCGCCAGGAUUUCUUGGAAUUGGUCGAGAGAACGGUUCAAUCUUAGUGAAGAAGGCGCUGGAUUACGAGUUUUCCAGUAAAAUUGUACUCAGCGUUGUGGCUACAGACGGUGGAAAAGUGCCUCGUUCGGACACUGUGACUGUCCGAAUUUCACUCCUGGACGCCAACGAUAACCGACCGGUUUUCUCAAGUCAAGAAUACGAUGGAUAUAUUGCAGAGAAUACAGCACCUGGGGCAUCGAUUCUUACUGUUACAGCUUCAGAUCCCGAUCAGGGCGACAAAGGACGGGUGGAGUACAGCAUCUCCAACACAGAUCUCUUGGUGUCAUUUGAAAUAAAUCCAACCAGCGGACAGAUCAACAGCAAGACUGUGUUCGACUAUGAAGUGAAACAGUUGUACGAGUUGUCCAUCAUGGCCAGAGAUAAGGCAUUGCCUCCAUUAGAAUCACAACCAAUGGCUACAGUGCUUGUUCACGUGACCAGUGUGAAUGAAUAUACACCGAAGUUUAACAAGUCUCUUUUCCAGGCUUCUGUGGCGGAGAACGCACCACUUGGGCAGUCUGUGACUCAAAUACACGCAACAGACCAAGACAAGGGUCCGGAUGGUGAGGUCGUUUAUUUGCUGGUCGGAGAAAGUAACAGUCAAGGAUUCAGCAUAGAUCGCUACACGGGGGUUCUGAGUGUCUCUGGGAAGCUGGACAGCGAGCAAUUUGGGAUUGUAACGCUUCGAGUUCUCGCGAAGAAUGCGUUACAGACAAGCGCGACGCCUGAUACCAGCGAUCUAGCGACGAUAAUUGUCACAGUCACGGACGCUAACGAUGCUCCUCGAUUCCUCAAAAGUGUUUAUCAUGCCAGUGUCAAGGAGGAACAGAAUCCUGGCCAGCCUGUUACUAAUGUCACGGCUGUGGACGACGAUUUUGCCAAUCAGCCGAAAGGAGCAAGGAUAGAAUACAGAAUUCUCGCUGGCAACACUGGAGAUGCUUUUACCAUCGAUCUGAUUACAGGAAGAAUAAGGACAGCGAAGAGGCUCGACAGAGAGACCAUCCCACAGUACCACCUGACAGUCACCGCCACAGAUAAAGGGCUCCCUCCUAUGUCCGGCAACGCUACUGUCAUUGUAAAUCUUGAUGACGUCAAUGAUAAUGCGCCUCGCCUUCCUGUCAACUUUACGGGCAUGGUCAAAGAGAACAAACCCGCUGGUACCACUGUAGUGACAUUGCGACCCCAAGACCUAGAUGUAGAUCCCAAUCGAGGACCCUAUGCGUUCUCCAUCAGCGGCACCGACUACGGAAAGUUCCAGUUAAACAGCGCUAGUGGUAUGAUAACAACAACCGCAGAGCUGGACCGCGAGACUAUCUCAUCAUACAACUUGUCUAUCCAAAUUUCAGACGGUGGCUCCCCAAAGUUGUCCGCCGUGUCGUACUGCCAAAUUCUCGUCCAGGAUGUGAAUGACAAUGCCCCCCGCCCGACCGCACGUGUGGUGCACGUGAACAGCCUUAACAGCUUCGCAUCCGGGACAGUAGCUAACGUCCAACCUGAUGACCCGGAUGUCGAUGACGUCUUGACAUGCCAGAUUCUCAAGAACAGCGACGGAUUGUUCAAUUUCCUUCCAAGAAGCUGCAUUUUGAGGACAAACACGAAAUACGAUGGAAGCGCUGACCAUGAUUUGGUAGUGAACGCAACUGACGGCAAAUCAGCAGUUUCAUACGAUGUUAAAGUGCGUUUCGUCGCCUACAACUCGCUAACGGUUAACAAUAGUAUAACAGUGAGAGUGCAGGCGGCAGGCCCAGAAAUGUUCCUUUCUCGGUCCUAUCAGGAUUUCUUAGAUGCGAUCAAUCGUAUUCUUCCGCGUGGUUUUGUGUCGCAGCUCUUCAGUGUCAAGUCUGUAUCAGGAGGUUUCGUCGACUUGUCGGUCGCCGCGAAAACGCACGAUUUGCAGUACAUAACAAGAGAAGCGCUCUCUGACCUGCUGAGCAAAAACAAAGCUGAACUGGAAAGAAAUGGUAAUGUCGUGAUACAGAAUGUGGACUACACUCCUUGUACUGCUAGCAGUCCCUGUCAGAAUGGCGGCGAAUGCACCAGUUACGUUCAAACCCUGGGAACCACGACCACUGUAGAUACUCUGCCGGUGAUAUUCUUAUCUGUGGAUUACGACUGGAGGUUCAAGUGCGUGUGCAAACCCGGCUACAUCGGGGAGACGUGCGAGAUCAGCGAGAAAGGAUGCAACUCCAAACCGUGUCAGAACGGAGCCACUUGCGUGGACAAAGAUUUCUCGUACGAAUGCCAAUGUCCGGCCGGUUUUAACGGAUCCGCUUGUGCCAACGAUAUAGACGAGUGUCAACAGAAGCCUUGCAAGAACGACGGACGAUGCGAGAAUCUCGUGGGGAGCUACAAGUGUCACUGCAAACCUGGUUAUUUGGGGGCCAACUGCUCAUCUGGUUUCGAUUUCUGCCGAGUAUCCUCUUCCAAUAGCUGGGCUCAACCUAAGUGUAGCUGCGAUUCUGGAAAGGCUUGUCAGUGCUCGUGUCUCGGGUUUGAAUCUGUGUCGUAUCUAACGCUGCCCACCCUGGAGAGUCUACAACAGCGUAAGUUCAACAACAUCACUUUCGAGAUUUCCACGGCCAAGAGUGAAGGUUUGUUGCUUUACAACGCAGACGGGAGGUAUAGCGGAGACUCCGAUUUCAUCGCCAUACAGGUCAUUGGCGGAAAGAUCCAGAUGUCGUUUAAUCUCGGCUAUGCAAGAAGUGCAGUUGUUGUGGAGCAUGGCAAGUCUAUAGACGAUGGACAGUGGCACAUUGUCACGGCGAUUAGAAAUAGGAAGGUUGGUGAAGUGACUGUAGAUUCGUCUGCCAAAGUUAUGGUGGAAUCUGAAGGAGAAUUUGAUCAACUGGACUUGUCUAAUUCGCCGUUGUUUAUUGGCGGGAUAAAGGACUUCGAUCGUUCGCUGGAUCACCCUGGCCAGCAUAUUCAAGCAGACGAUUUUCUUGGUUGCGUGAGGAACUUGUUCAUCAACGGCAAGAAACUGGACCCGGCUAGCGCUACAGAGUCCGCUGGCAUCAUUGACCGCUGUCCUCGGCUAGGCCAGUGUACCUCGGGGACGUGUAAGAAUGGAGGGAAAUGCGUGGAUUACUGGUUUGAUUACGUUUGUGAGUGUGCAGAUGGAUACAGUGGGAGGAACUGCGAACAAGAAGUACAACCAGUAAAAUUCAGCUCAGACAGCUUCUUAGUGCUCCAAUUCAAGGACAGUUAUCGACGUGAACAACAACGCAAAGAAAGAGAAAGUAACACGGCUCGAAAGAGACGAGCAGUGUCUUCUAGCAAAGAAGAGUUUUCUGUCAGAUUCCGUACUCGAAAUGCCAAUGGUCUUCUCCUUCUCGCCAGUGAUUCUACUACAACUGUUGUGUCAGGCUACACUGUUCUAGAGAUAAAGUCCGCAAGCCUCAAGUACAGUUUCGGUAAUGGAGGUAACGUUGCCAGUUUUACCGUUCCUUCCAGUGUGUCAGAUGGCGAGUGGCAUAACGUGACUAUUAUCCACCAUGAUAAAAGCGUGACUGUCACUCUCGACGGCGACGCCCGCACGAAGUUGUUCGACAGUUCAGCGCACGACUUCCUCGGAAAGGACAUCAAGGCCUGGUUCCUGGGUGGGUACAACUCGUCUUUCGUGGGUUUAAACCUGCCGAGUUUCUCUGGCUGCAUGAAAGAUCUUAGCAUUGAUGGCCUGCAUGUGUCUUUCUCGGGACCGAACAAGUUCGCUGCGAUUUCACCUCGGGGCGGCUCGGUGGACGAAGGAUGCGACGGCAGUGGUUCGUGCGCUUCGGUUCGCUGCACAGACCCGGGUAAACCUUACUGCUUUGAAGAGUGGGAGCUGGCCACUUGCAUCAGCGAUAAACAGUGCAAACCGAAUCCUUGUGGAAUAAAUGGCUCUUGUUUACCGCAGAAGGACGGCAGCUAUACAUGUAAGUGUAAUGGAGAGGUUGGAAAGUGCGUCGGAACUGGUGGANUCAUUCUGCCAUCUCCUUCAAGCGAUACUUUCACAAUAGGUCGUCAGACAGGUGUUUUACGCCUCAAUAAGGUACUGGUCUACAAGAAACCGAGCGCUGCUGGGAACGAGAACUUUUACAAUGUGACGGUGAAAGCCAGGAAUUCUUAUUCGCCAUUUUUCGAAGAAACUGUGCCUGUCAUUGUCGAGGUGACUGACAGUAAUGACCACACCCCAGUAUUCACGUCUCCUUCGUAUGAUUUCUUCGCCGUUCGUGGUACAAGGGCCGGCGAGACAGUAGCGCGCGUAAAGGCGGUUGAUGAUCAGGAUGCAGGCACAAAUGCGCUGGUACGCUACGAGGCAGUCAGCGGGAACGGAACAUCGUGGUUUAACAUUGAUCCAGAUAGUGGUAAUGUCACUGCCGCCAGUCUCCUUGAUACUCUGGGCGUGUUCUACCUACGGGUCAGGGCUCGGGACACGGGACAACCCGCCAAGGAGAGUUUUGCCAGUCUUCACGUGGAAAUUGUAGAACCCAACAACAACACACCCAAGUUUCAAGUUAGCCAAUACAAUUUUCCUGUACAGGAAACAGUGCCUGUGGGGGAUGAAGUUGGAAAAGUAAGUGCCUCAGAUUCGGACGCAGGAACGAACGGCCAAGUGGUUUAUCGCAUAGAGAGCAGUGAUCCGCCAGGAUUUCUUGGAAUUGGUCGAGAGAACGGUUCAAUCUUAGUGAAGAAGGCGCUGGAUUACGAGUUUUCCAGUAAAAUUGUACUCAGCGUUGUGGCUACAGACGGUGGAAAAGUGCCUCGUUCGGACACUGUGACUGUCCGAAUUUCACUCCUGGACGCCAACGAUAACCGACCGGUUUUCUCAAGUCAAGAAUACGAUGGAUAUAUUGCAGAGAAUACAGCACCUGGGGCAUCGAUUCUUACUGUUACAGCUUCAGAUCCCGAUCAGGGCGACAAAGGACGGGUGGAGUACAGCAUCUCCAACACAGAUCUCUUGGUGUCAUUUGAAAUAAAUCCAACCAGCGGACAGAUCAACAGCAAGACUGUGUUCGACUAUGAAGUGAAACAGUUGUACGAGUUGUCCAUCAUGGCCAGAGAUAAGGCAUUGCCUCCAUUAGAAUCACAACCAAUGGCUACAGUGCUUGUUCACGUGACCAGUGUGAAUGAAUAUACACCGAAGUUUAACAAGUCUCUUUUCCAGGCUUCUGUGGCGGAGAACGCACCACUUGGGCAGUCUGUGACUCAAAUACACGCAACAGACCAAGACAAGGGUCCGGAUGGUGAGGUCGUUUAUUUGCUGGUCGGAGAAAGUAACAGUCAAGGAUUCAGCAUAGAUCGCUACACGGGGGUUCUGAGUGUCUCUGGGAAGCUGGACAGCGAGCAAUUUGGGAUUGUAACGCUUCGAGUUCUCGCGAAGAAUGCGUUACAGACAAGCGCGACGCCUGAUACCAGCGAUCUAGCGACGAUAAUUGUCACAGUCACGGACGCUAACGAUGCUCCUCGAUUCCUCAAAAGUGUUUAUCAUGCCAGUGUCAAGGAGGAACAGAAUCCUGGCCAGCCUGUUACUAAUGUCACGGCUGUGGACGACGAUUUUGCCAAUCAGCCGAAAGGAGCAAGGAUAGAAUACAGAAUUCUCGCUGGCAACACUGGAGAUGCUUUUACCAUCGAUCUGAUUACAGGAAGAAUAAGGACAGCGAAGAGGCUCGACAGAGAGACCAUCCCACAGUACCACCUGACAGUCACCGCCACAGAUAAAGGGCUCCCUCCUAUGUCCGGCAACGCUACUGUCAUUGUAAAUCUUGAUGACGUCAAUGAUAAUGCGCCUCGCCUUCCUGUCAACUUUACGGGCAUGGUCAAAGAGAACAAACCCGCUGGUACCACUGUAGUGACAUUGCGACCCCAAGACCUAGAUGUAGAUCCCAAUCGAGGACCCUAUGCGUUCUCCAUCAGCGGCACCGACUACGGAAAGUUCCAGUUAAACAGCGCUAGUGGUAUGAUAACAACAACCGCAGAGCUGGACCGCGAGACUAUCUCAUCAUACAACUUGUCUAUCCAAAUUUCAGACGGUGGCUCCCCAAAGUUGUCCGCCGUGUCGUACUGCCAAAUUCUCGUCCAGGAUGUGAAUGACAAUGCCCCCCGCCCGACCGCACGUGUGGUGCACGUGAACAGCCUUAACAGCUUCGCAUCCGGGACAGUAGCUAACGUCCAACCUGAUGACCCGGAUGUCGAUGACGUCUUGACAUGCCAGAUUCUCAAGAACAGCGACGGAUUGUUCAAUUUCCUUCCAAGAAGCUGCAUUUUGAGGACAAACACGAAAUACGAUGGAAGCGCUGACCAUGAUUUGGUAGUGAACGCAACUGACGGCAAAUCAGCAGUUUCAUACGAUGUUAAAGUGCGUUUCGUCGCCUACAACUCGCUAACGGUUAACAAUAGUAUAACAGUGAGAGUGCAGGCGGCAGGCCCAGAAAUGUUCCUUUCUCGGUCCUAUCAGGAUUUCUUAGAUGCGAUCAAUCGUAUUCUUCCGCGUGGUUUUGUGUCGCAGCUCUUCAGUGUCAAGUCUGUAUCAGGAGGUUUCGUCGACUUGUCGGUCGCCGCGAAAACGCACGAUUUGCAGUACAUAACAAGAGAAGCGCUCUCUGACCUGCUGAGCAAAAACAAAGCUGAACUGGAAAGAAAUGGUAAUGUCGUGAUACAGAAUGUGGACUACACUCCUUGUACUGCUAGCAGUCCCUGUCAGAAUGGCGGCGAAUGCACCAGUUACGUUCAAACCCUGGGAACCACGACCACUGUAGAUACUCUGCCGGUGAUAUUCUUAUCUGUGGAUUACGACUGGAGGUUCAAGUGCGUGUGCAAACCCGGCUACAUCGGGGAGACGUGCGAGAUCAGCGAGAAAGGAUGCAACUCCAAACCGUGUCAGAACGGAGCCACUUGCGUGGACAAAGAUUUCUCGUACGAAUGCCAAUGUCCGGCCGGUUUUAACGGAUCCGCUUGUGCCAACGAUAUAGACGAGUGUCAACAGAAGCCUUGCAAGAACGACGGACGAUGCGAGAAUCUCGUGGGGAGCUACAAGUGUCACUGCAAACCUGGUUAUUUGGGGGCCAACUGCUCAUCUGGUUUCGAUUUCUGCCGAGUAUCCUCUUCCAAUAGCUGGGCUCAACCUAAGUGUAGCUGCGAUUCUGGAAAGGCUUGUCAGUGCUCGUGUCUCGGGUUUGAAUCUGUGUCGUAUCUAACGCUGCCCACCCUGGAGAGUCUACAACAGCGUAAGUUCAACAACAUCACUUUCGAGAUUUCCACGGCCAAGAGUGAAGGUUUGUUGCUUUACAACGCAGACGGGAGGUAUAGCGGAGACUCCGAUUUCAUCGCCAUACAGGUCAUUGGCGGAAAGAUCCAGAUGUCGUUUAAUCUCGGCUAUGCAAGAAGUGCAGUUGUUGUGGAGCAUGGCAAGUCUAUAGACGAUGGACAGUGGCACAUUGUCACGGCGAUUAGAAAUAGGAAGGUUGGUGAAGUGACUGUAGAUUCGUCUGCCAAAGUUAUGGUGGAAUCUGAAGGAGAAUUUGAUCAACUGGACUUGUCUAAUUCGCCGUUGUUUAUUGGCGGGAUAAAGGACUUCGAUCGUUCGCUGGAUCACCCUGGCCAGCAUAUUCAAGCAGACGAUUUUCUUGGUUGCGUGAGGAACUUGUUCAUCAACGGCAAGAAACUGGACCCGGCUAGCGCUACAGAGUCCGCUGGCAUCAUUGACCGCUGUCCUCGGCUAGGCCAGUGUACCUCGGGGACGUGUAAGAAUGGAGGGAAAUGCGUGGAUUACUGGUUUGAUUACGUUUGUGAGUGUGCAGAUGGAUACAGUGGGAGGAACUGCGAACAAGAAGUACAACCAGUAAAAUUCAGCUCAGACAGCUUCUUAGUGCUCCAAUUCAAGGACAGUUAUCGACGUGAACAACAACGCAAAGAAAGAGAAAGUAACACGGCUCGAAAGAGACGAGCAGUGUCUUCUAGCAAAGAAGAGUUUUCUGUCAGAUUCCGUACUCGAAAUGCCAAUGGUCUUCUCCUUCUCGCCAGUGAUUCUACUACAACUGUUGUGUCAGGCUACACUGUUCUAGAGAUAAAGUCCGCAAGCCUCAAGUACAGUUUCGGUAAUGGAGGUAACGUUGCCAGUUUUACCGUUCCUUCCAGUGUGUCAGAUGGCGAGUGGCAUAACGUGACUAUUAUCCACCAUGAUAAAAGCGUGACUGUCACUCUCGACGGCGACGCCCGCACGAAGUUGUUCGACAGUUCAGCGCACGACUUCCUCGGAAAGGACAUCAAGGCCUGGUUCCUGGGUGGGUACAACUCGUCUUUCGUGGGUUUAAACCUGCCGAGUUUCUCUGGCUGCAUGAAAGAUCUUAGCAUUGAUGGCCUGCAUGUGUCUUUCUCGGGACCGAACAAGUUCGCUGCGAUUUCACCUCGGGGCGGCUCGGUGGACGAAGGAUGCGACGGCAGUGGUUCGUGCGCUUCGGUUCGCUGCACAGACCCGGGUAAACCUUACUGCUUUGAAGAGUGGGAGCUGGCCACUUGCAUCAGCGAUAAACAGUGCAAACCGAAUCCUUGUGGAAUAAAUGGCUCUUGUUUACCGCAGAAGGACGGCAGCUAUACAUGUAAGUGUAAUGGAGAGGUUGGAAAGUGCGUCGGAACUGGUGGACGAAACGGAGAUGACGACAGUCGUCUAAGCCCUGGAGUGAUCGCGGCAAUUGCUUUCUUUUUGGUUUUAUUGAUAUUGAUAAUCGUAGCGGUGAUCUUCGCUCGUCGUUAUCGACUGCGACAGAAGGCAAAUAACAAGACCGUGGUGGAGUUUGACGCUACGACCGGAGCUGAGGUGGCAGCUGAUGUCCAAGACGCCUCGCAGAGGACGUCUCCCUCACACAGCAGCGACGACAGCGGUGUGGUGAUCCGCAAUCCGAGCCAGAAGUCUCUGACGGAUUUACGGCAGUCGGCCCUGCAGAACGGCAAAGACAUUGUUAUACACAACGUCGGCGCCCCGGAGGAUUAUCAGAUCAAACUCACCAAAUCCCAGGAGAAAAUCGACCCGGGUUUCUCCGAAUCCGACGGGGAAUUUAUCAUGCGAAAUGAAGUGGCUUUGGGUAAGGACGUACCUGUUGAUCUUGGAGAUGUGUCGAGAUUGUCGAGGACCCCUAACCAUCGGAGCACCCCACUGGAAAAAGAAAACACUCGCUCGGUGCCCACCAACAAUAGAUCAAAAAAUCGUGAGCGUAAAAUUCCCAAUCCUCACUUCAGACAUGGUCUGGAUAAACGGCAGCCGCUAUCAAGGAGCAUCCUGGAUCCCAGGUUACGUGGACCGACGAACCCGAAGUCUUCGCGACGUUUUCGGAAAGGUUCGCUGGGUUCUUCGAGUAGCGAUGACGCUCCGGAUUUCUCCGAGGCUGGUCUCAGGUCUGAUGACAACUCCGACAGACUGGAGCAUUACGACAUCGAGGUUGCUAGCCUAGGCUACAGCGAAGUUUCAUACCAAUACGAUCCGAACACGUUCAAGGACAAAUCGUUGAACUGUCGGGAGCCGCCGGGAUUAUCUGCGGUAGAGAUCGAGAGACUUCGGAAGCAGCCGCCGUCGGGAAGCUUGCUCGAUGCAGUGUCUUCCAUAAGCGACGAAGACGCGCCGACAAUCGAUAAAUUGUCGAGUGUUCUCGAAGUUCCCGAUACUUCAAGCGAGAGUUCCGAUGAUACUUUUACAUGCAGUGAGUUUGAAUACGACAAUGAUGAACCUAGUAGAGAGGACAACAACUUCCGCGGUAGUAUGGUAUUUUCAAAGCUAAACGAUGUUAAAAUGAACGCAAGCAACCAGAAUCCUGAAGCGAACGAGGGCCGAACUUCUCACAGAGGCUCUCUCAGCACGUUGAACAUGAGCGACGAGGAGAUUUUACCAAACGCUUUGAGCUCCAAGCCAGCAAAUGGAAAGAAAGAUUUAUUCAACUGGGACGAUGUGCUGAACUGGGGAUUGCGCUACCACAAUCUUCGCGGAGUGUACAAAGACAUUGCACAGCUUAAAGAUUCUGCGGGACCUCCAAGAACCAAAGACGAGGAAUAUGUUUAAGGGAUAGAAACAUGUUAUUAUUUUGUUAGUGAGCCUUUUAUUUAUUGAGAUUUGAAAAGUUUUAUAGAAACGUGAACAAAACACAAGUUGUACAUAGAGUGUUUGUAGUUUAUUUUCUCUUUUUGUCAGGAGAAAACGUUUUCUCAAAUUCGCUUGUGAGUUUUAACAGUUUUAAUUGAAAUUGGACAGCUUAAUUGAAAACCUUCAGUAUGGAGGAAUGUUUGCAAGAGUUUCGGAAACUCUCUAGUUAUAAUCGCACCACAGGUCACCUAAGCGCAAUAUGAGAGUCUUUAUUCCGUGAAUUACCCAUACAAUGAUUAUUCCAUAAUUUUCUCCAUACAAACUCUUGUAUUACGCUUGGGUUACCUGUAGUCAUACAAGCUAACCAUGUUUACAUUACAUUUUCAUCGUCUAGCCGAUUUUUUUUUUUCAGAUUUUUAACGUUUCUAUAGUUCAGGAACCUUUUGCGACCUCUUUUCCAGCAGAAGCCGAAUUUUCCGCUUGAAAAAUAGAACAAAAGUUAUAUUUGUACAGAAUCAGAGCAAAUAUUAAAGUAUGCUGAUUAAAGUACGUUUUAUAUA